AUGAAUUUAAGUGAAGACAUUGAAGUAACGGGAAUCGAUGAAAUUGAAAACGAUGGUGUAAAUUGGAUGUUUGCCUUCUUGGAGUUUGUUUAUGACCCUAAAUGCCAAGUGAAGAAGGCUGCAGAUGCAGCAGAGAAUUCACCAGCUCAACAAGUUCCCUAUCAGUUAUCAUCUCCUUGUAUCUACUCAGAACUUGGUGAUGCUAAAUCUUUGGUGAAGGCAGCACCUCCAAGGAUGCAUGGGAACAACAGAGGCAAAGUUGAAAGUAGGCCUUCUAUCGAAGAUAAUAAGGUUUCUAAGACGUCGGAAGAGAAAAAACUCCUUUUUUGGGGAUUGAACAUGAAGAGGAUCACUGUAAAUUCUAUUUUAGUUGUCAAUAUGGAUGAUGAAGUUAAUCAAGCGAGAGAAUUUAGAUGCUCGCCUAAAUCUGAUAGGGAAAUGCAUCAAGGGAACACAAAAACUUGCCUCCAAUCUAUGGAGUGUUUGGCUGGUUCCAAGAAAGACCUUUUGAUUGACACUCGAAGGAAGCACAUAGUAGGGAAGAUCAUGUUUAGCUAUCAAGCUAGGCAGCUGGAUUUUCCGGGUGGGAUCGUUCGAUGA